AUGGCUUCUCCCUCUCCCUCUCCCUCUCCCUCCCCCCCAGCCAAAACCCCCGGCUGCGACGCCCUGGCGAACAAAAUCCCCAGCAAUGUCUCGGCACCGGCAGAGGUCGUCGAGGUCGCCCGUGUGGUUGACCACCAGGCAGAGCGGGCGCUGUGUCGCAAGUUCGACCUGCGCUUGCUCCCGGUCUUGGCUGUGAUGUACCUCUUCAAUGCGCUUGACAAAGGAAAUCUCGCCAAUGCAGAGACUGCCGGUCUCAGCGAGGACCUGCAUUUCAAAUCCGGCCAGUACAACCUGCUGGUGUCCAUCUUCUUCGUCCCGUACGUGAUUUUCGCUCCGCCCAUCGCCAUGGUGGGCAAGCGCUUCAGUCCGGCCCGCGUGCUGCCCGUCCUGAUGUUCUGCUUCGGCUGCUUCACGCUGAUCGUCUCCGCGACGAGCAACUUCGCCGGCCUGUUCGCCCUGCGCUGGCUGCUGGGCAUGUCCGAGGCCGCCUUCUUCCCCCUGGUCAUCUACUACCUGACCACCUUCUACCGCCGCGGCGAGCUGGCCCGCCGCCUGGCCAUCUUCUACGCCGCCUCCAACGUGGCCAACGCCUUCUCAGGCCUCAUCGCCUUUGGCGUCUUCCAGAUCCAGCACCCCACCAUCGCCCCCUGGCGCUACCUGUUCAUCAUCGAGGGCAGCGUCACCCUGCUCUUCUCCAUCUUUGCCUUUUGGUACCUGCCGCUCAGCGCGGGGCAGGCCGCCUUCCUCUCCGCCGAGGAGAAGGCCCUGGCCUUCCACCGCAUCCAGGUCGACUCGAGCGCCGUCGUCAACGAGCCGUUCCGGCUGCGCGAGGCCCUGGCCAUCUUCCGCUCCCCCGCCACCUACGCCAUCCUGGCCAUCGAGAUCUGCCUCGGUGUCCCGCUGCAGGGAGUCUCGCUGUUUCUGCCGCAGAUCGUCGAGCGGCUGGGCUACUCGACCGUGCGCACCAACCUGUACACGGUCGCGCCCAACGUCACGGGCGCCGUGAUGCUGCUGGUGCUGGCCUUUGCCUCGGACGCCACCCGGCUGCGCUCCCCCUUCAUUGCCCUGGGCUUCCUCUUCACCUUUUCGGGCUUCAUGAUCUACGCCGCCAUCACCGACGUCCAGGCCGAGAUCCACCUCGCCUACUUUGCCACCUUCAUGAUGACCUGGGGUACCUCCGCCCCCUCCGUGCUGCUGAGCACCUGGUUCAACAACAACAUCGCCCACGAGGGCCAGCGCAUCCUACUGACCAGCUUGGGCGUGCCCCUGGCCAACCUCAUGGGGUUGGUCAGUAGCAAUGUCUUCCGCAGCCAGGAUGCCCCCAAGUACAUGCCCGCCUUGAUCACCAUCGCCGCGUUUGGCGCCACGGGAGCCGUCAUCACCGUGUGUUUAGGUACGGCCAUGUGGAUCGACAAUCAACGGCGCGACCGCCGGGCGGGCGUCAAGGUCGACGCAAGGGAUGUGCCUACCGAGCGCUUACGAGACGGGCCCGCGUCUGAUGAAUUCCGGUGGUUUUUGUAG